AUGCUAUCUUAUUUGUUUUGCCUCUCUUUCAAUCUACACUGUAUUAAUACUAAAUUUAGUUAUCCAGAGUGCUUACCCAAAUUUUUUCAUGGCAUCCCCUGCUUUGAAGAAAAUUCAACAUUUUUUGAUAAGCUUACAUUAAGUUGGGAAAAUACUUAUAAUUUUAAUUAUUUAAUUAUCAGUAUUGGAGGCUUAAUAAUGCAUAGUUAUGUUGAAUGGACUUGGGUUUCUUCAAAUUUUAUAACAAAUCUUCUUGUUAAUUUUGAAAGUGGCCUAACUCCAUUCUUGGU